GGCCGCCAUCAUUCGUCGUUCGUGAAAGCUGCCGCUUGCGGGAAACGCAUCGUAGAUUCACUUCGUCACGUAUAAUUUUUGUUGAAAUCUUUACUUUUACCCGGGCUGGCUGCUGCGAUUCCCGGCGUUUAACCUCCCAAACGGAUCGGUCAUCAUGUACGAAAACGAUGAUGAACACUUCGAGGAAGAGGAUCCAGAGGAGAUCUCCCACGAGCUGUGGCAGGAAGCCUGCUGGAUUGUGAUCAACGCAUAUUUCGACGAAAAAGGUUUGGUCCGGCAGCAGCUCGACAGUUUCGAUGAAUUCAUUCAGAUGUCCGUACAGCGGAUUGUGGAAGAUUCUCCGGCUAUCGAACUGACUGCUGAAGCUCAACACACCAGUGGCGAUAUAGAGACGCCGACUCGCUACCUGUUGAAGUUCGAUCAGAUCUAUCUAUCAAAACCGACUCACUGGGAAAAGGAUGGUUCCCCAUCGCCUAUGAUGCCGAAUGAGGCCCGUCUUCGGAAUCUGACAUACUCGGCUCCGCUGUACGUGGACAUCACCAAAACAAAGAUCGCCGAAGGUCACGAUCCGGUUGAAACUCAGCAUCAGAAAACGUUCAUCGGUAAAAUUCCGAUUAUGUUGAGAUCCACCUACUGUUUGCUGUCCCAGUUAACCGAUCGUGAUUUAACGGAAUUAAAUGAGUGCCCCCUGGAUCCGGGCGGUUAUUUCAUCAUCAACGGUUCCGAGAAGGUGCUGAUUGCCCAGGAGAAGAUGGCCACAAAUACGGUGUACGUGUUUGGAAUGAAGGAAGGGAAGUAUGCCUACAAGUCGGAAAUUCGUUCCUGUUUGGAGCACAGCUCUCGACCAACGUCCACACUUUGGUGUAACAUGAUGGCCAGGGGUGGUCAAAGCAUCAAGAAGUCAGCUAUUGGCCAGCGUGUGAUCGCCAUUCUGCCCUACGUGAAGCAGGAAAUUCCAAUCAUGAUCGUCUUUCGGGCAUUGGGAUUCGUGGCUGAUCGUGAUAUUUUGGAGCACAUUAUUUACGACUUUGACGAUCCGGAAAUGAUGGAAAUGGUUAAGCCAUCGUUGGAUGAAGCUUUCGUGGUGCAGGAGCAGAAUGUGGCGUUGAACUUUAUCGGUGCACGUGGUGCAAGACCUGGUGUCACCAAAGACAAACGUAUCAAGUACGCUAAGGAAAUUUUGCAGAAGGAAAUGUUGCCGCAUGUGGGUGUUUCAGAUUUCUGCGAAACGAAAAAGGCUUAUUUCCUCGGCUACAUGGUUCACCGGUUACUGCUGGCUGCUUUGGGUCGUCGUGAAUUAGACGAUCGAGAUCACUACGGUAACAAGCGUUUAGAUUUGGCUGGUCCCCUAUUAGCUUUCCUGUUCCGUGGAUUAUUUAAGAACUUGAUGAAAGAAGUUCGCAUGUAUGCACAAAAAUUCAUAGAUCGUGGAAAAGAUUUCAACUUGGAGCUUGCUAUUAAAACAAAGAUCAUUACCGAUGGAUUGAGAUACUCGUUGGCCACAGGAAACUGGGGAGAUCAAAAGAAAGCUCAUCAGGCUCGUGCCGGUGUGUCUCAGGUGUUGAAUCGAUUGACCUUUGCUUCAACUUUGUCUCAUUUGCGUCGUGUCAACUCGCCGGUCGGCCGUGACGGCAAACUAGCUAAACCUCGACAGCUGCACAACACUCUGUGGGGCAUGAUCUGUCCAGCCGAAACACCCGAGGGAGGUGCUGUCGGUUUGGUAAAGAAUCUGGCGUUGAUGGCUUAUAUUUCUGUCGGAUCUCAACCGUCACCAAUCUUGGAGUUCUUGGAGGAGUGGUCUAUGGAAAAUUUGGAAGAAAUUGCACCCUCGGCUAUUGUCGAUGCCACAAAGAUCUUUGUCAACGGAUGCUGGGUAGGAAUCCAUCGUGACCCGGAACAGUUGAUGGCAACUUUGCGUAAGCUGCGUCGUCAGAUGGACAUCAUCGUUUCUGAAGUGUCUAUGAUUCGAGAUAUUCGUGAUCGUGAAAUUCGAAUCUACACGGAUGCUGGACGUAUUUGCAGACCGUUGCUGAUUGUUGAAAAUGGAAGUUUGCUAUUGCGCAAGAACCACGUUGACAUGUUAAAGGAACGUGAUUAUAACAACUACGGAUGGCAAGUUUUGGUUGCAUCGGGUGUCGUGGAAUACAUCGACACGCUCGAAGAAGAAACCGUUAUGAUAGCCAUGACACCGUACGAUCUGAAGCAGGACAAAGAGUAUGCCUACUGUACCACUUACACCCAUUGCGAAAUUCAUCCCGCUAUGAUAUUGGGAGUUUGCGCUUCUAUUAUUCCAUUCCCAGAUCACAAUCAGAGUCCCCGUAAUACCUAUCAAAGCGCUAUGGGUAAACAAGCUAUGGGCGUCUACAUUACAAACUUCCACGUACGGAUGGACACGCUGGCUCACGUAUUAUACUAUCCGAUGAAACCGCUGGUUACCACCCGGUCCAUGGAAUAUCUGCGUUUCCGAGAGCUACCGGCCGGUAUCAACUCAGUCGUAGCCAUUCUUUGCUACACCGGAUACAACCAGGAAGAUUCUGUUAUCCUGAACGCUUCCGCCGUAGAACGUGGCUUCUUCCGGUCGGUGUUCUACCGUUCCUACAAAGAUUCCGAAAGCAAGAAAAUCGGAGAUCAAGAGGAACAGUUCGAAAAGCCCAAUCGUCAAACUUGUCAAGGCAUGCGUAACGCGUUGUACGACAAACUGGAUGAGGAUGGAAUAAUUGCACCUGGUCUUCGUGUUUCUGGUGAUGAUGUGGUCAUCGGUAAAACCAUCACUCUCCCAGAAACAGACGACGAGCUUGACGGAACGACUAAACGUUACAGCAAACGAGACGGUUCAACGUUCCUGCGUAAUUCGGAAACCGGAAUCGUCGACCAGGUCAUGUUAACGCUCAACAGCGAGGGUUACAAAUUCUGCAAAAUUCGUGUACGAUCAGUUCGUAUUCCUCAGAUCGGUGACAAGUUCGCCUCUCGUCACGGUCAAAAAGGUACCUGCGGAAUCCAGUAUCGGCAGGAGGAUAUGCCGUUUACCUGCGAAGGACUUACCCCGGACAUUAUAAUCAACCCGCACGCCAUUCCAUCCCGUAUGACAAUUGGCCAUUUAAUCGAGUGUAUUCAGGGCAAGCUGGGAUCCAACAAGGGAGAAAUCGGUGACGCUACCCCAUUCAACGACGCCGUCAACGUGCAGAAAAUCUCCACCUUCCUGCAGGAGUACGGCUAUCAGCUGCGAGGCAACGAAGUCAUGUACAACGGCCACACUGGACGCAAAAUCAAUGCUCAGGUGUUCCUUGGGCCAACCUACUACCAACGUUUGAAGCACAUGGUGGACGACAAAAUCCAUUCGCGAGCCCGUGGUCCGGUACAGAUUUUGGUACGUCAACCCAUGGAGGGUCGUGCCCGUGAUGGUGGGCUACGUUUCGGGGAGAUGGAACGGGAUUGCCAGAUUUCCCACGGUGCAGCACAAUUUUUGCGGGAGCGUCUGUUCGAGGUAUCGGACCCGUACCGGAUACAUGUGUGCAACUUCUGCGGCUUGAUUGCCAUAGCCAACAUGCGAAACAAUACCUUCGAGUGUAAGGGUUGUAAAAAUAAAACACAGAUAUCGCAAGUCAAGCUUCCGUACGCUGCAAAGUUGCUGUUCCAGGAAUUGAUGUCCAUGAACAUUGCGCCACGCUUGAUGGUACUAUAAAAGGCCACAAUAUGAUUAAAUGUGCGCGUUUAAACGUUCCCGAUUCGAAUGACUUUAUGUAUGGUAGGAUUUUCAGAAUAAAAUCGACAAUUUAAGAGAUAAA